GUAUCGCUCGAUAAAGGGGGCUAUCCGAAACUGGAGGAGUCAAUCAACAAACAGCUUGAAGAGGCCCAACUGAUCAGUCAUCCACCGUGGUUUCUUAAAGUGAUCCAGUUGUACGAAACCCAAAGAGUAAGGCAUGGGAUGAUGAUCCUCGGUCCAUCUGGUACCGGCAAGACUGCAUGUAUACACACUCUGAUGAAGUGCAUGACCGAAUGCUUUGAACCACAUCGUGAAAUGCGUAUGAAUCCCAAAGCAAUCACUGCAGCACAAAUGUUUGGUCGAUUGGAUGUAUCCACAAACGAUUGGACGGACGGUAUAUUCUCCACUUUGUGGCGUCGAACUCUCAAGGCGAAAAAAGGGGAACACAUUUGGCUUGUGCUGGACGGCCCGGUAGAUGCCCUUUGGAUUGAGAAUUUGAAUUCCGUAUUGGAUGAUAGUAAGCUACUAACUCUAGCUAACGGGGAUCGUAUUCCCAUGUCUCCGAGUUGCAAGAUCAUGUUCGAGGUGGACAAUAUUGACAAUGCCACACCGGCCACGGUCUCACGGAACGGUAUGGUCUACAUCAGCACGACCACUUUGGAUUGGGCACCGCUUCUAAAAGGUUGGCUACUCACAAGACCUCGGGCUGAGGCCGGUCAGUUGAUGAAUCUGUUCAGUACAUCGUUUCCGCAGAUCUAUCAGUACACGAUACGGCAGUUAACGCUGAAAUCCGCAGUGCUCGAGGCUUUUGUGGUUCGACAAGCGUGUGAUCUUCUGACCGGUCUCAUUCCGGUUCAUGAUGACCGGGGACAAUCCGGGGUAAAUUGCAUCCUUAUUCAGGUUUAUUCUUUGCUGCUUUAA